AUGACAAACACAAAAGGAAAAAGGAGAGGAACACGUUACAUGUUUUCUAGGCCCUUUAGAAAACAUGGUGUUGUUCCUUUGGCUACAUAUAUGCGAAUAUACAAGAAAGGUGAUAUUGUAGAUAUCAAGGGUAUAGACACAAUUCAGCAAGAAAUGCCCCACAAAUGUUACCAUGGCAAGACUGGAUGGGUCUAUAAUGUUACUCAACAUGCUGUAGGCAUUGUUGUAAACAAACAGGUUAAGGGCAAGAUUCUAGCCAAGAAAAUUAAUGUGCGUAUUGAGCAUAUUAAGCAUUCUAAGAGCAGAGAUAGCUUCCUGAAGAGGGUAAAAGAAAAUGACCAGAAGAAGAAGGAAGCCAAAGAAAAAGGCACCUGGGUUCAACUGAAAUGUCAGCCUGCUACACCCAGAGAAACACACUUUGUGAGGACCAAUGGCAAGGAACCCGAGCUGUUGGAACCAAUCCCCUAUGAAUUUAUGGCAUAAAUGACUAAAAAACAUAAUAAAAAGAUUCUUGGAUUAUGAAAAAAAAAAAA